AUGGGGGAGAGUAAUCGACGUUUUCUUGUGAAAUGGUUUGAUUCAUUUGUUUGGUUGGAGUAUAGUAAAGAGAAAGAUGCUGCAUUUUGUCUUCAUUGUUAUCUUUUUAAAUGCGACUUUGAUAAACAAGGAAAAGCUGGAAGCGAUGUCUUUACUGAGAAAGGGUUUAAAAAUUUGCGGAAGGGACCUGAGAAUUUUAGGGACUAUGUUGGACAAGUUGGAAGUCUUCACAAUAAAGCUACACAACAUUGUCUUCCUUUUCAUGGCCAUGAUGAAAGCGAAACAUCUAGCAAUAAGGAUAAUUAUGUGGAGCUUUUGCAAUUUCUUGCCGAUCAUGAUGAGAAAGUUCGUGCCGUUGUGUUAGAGAACGCUCCAGGGAAUCUCAAGCUACGAGGACAAGGGUAUGAUGGUGCUAGUAAUAUGAGAGGUAAGCUCAAUGGUCUUAAAACACAAAUUUUGAGAGAAUAUCCUCAAGCAUAUUAUGUCCAUUGUUUUGCAUAUCAACUACAACUAGUUCUUGUAGCUGUGGCAAAGGGAAAUGAAAACAUUGCUACUUUCUUCACAACGGCUAGUAGUGUCGUUAACAUUAUUGGAGCAUCGUGUAAGCGUUGUGAUGCACUUAGACAGCAACAACAAAAACAUAUUAUGAAAGCUCUUGAAAUUGAUGAUCUUGAAACAAGAUUUAUAUUGGGAAUCAUAAAUGAUUGGUCAAAGGCAUUACAAAAGAAAGAUCAAGAUAUUGUCAAUGCAAUGAUGUUGGUCCAAAGAUGUAAGCAACAAUCUGUGAGGGAUGAUGACUUUGAUGAUCUGCUUGGCAAAGUAUCAAUAUUUUGUGGCAACAAUGAUGUUGACGUUCCUAACAUGGAUGAUUUAUUUGUACCACAAGGGAGAUCAUGA